CCACCUCCCACAUUCUCCGACGAAGGUCAGACUCUACCAAUCAUGGAUAUGGAAAAGUUGAAGAAGAUGCAGCAGUCGGUGCGAAUUGGGUACGUAUAGAGUCGUCCUUCUGCAGCUUCUACGGAUAUAUAUUUCGCCAUCCCAGGAGGCGGCCAGAAUGUGGAGGACAGGCACGAUACCUAGAUAUGCUGACAAAUGGGGAACAGUGGAAAGGGCACACCGCGAAGAAAGGUCAAGAAGGUCCACAAGAGCACGGGAAUGGAUGACAAGAAGCUGCAAACAGCACUCAAGAAGCUCAAUGUUCAGCCCAUCCAAGCUAUUGAGGAGGUCAACAUGUUCAAGGCUGAUGGAAACGUCAUCCACUUUGCUGCUCCCAAAGUCCACGCCGCUGUCCCAUCAAACACCUUCGCAAUCUACGGCACCGGAGAAGACAAGGAGCUCACCGAACUCGUCCCCGGUAUCCUCAACCAACUCGGCCCCGACUCCCUCGCAUCCCUCCGAAAGCUAGCUGAGAGCUACCAGUCCAUGCAGAAAGCUGAAGGUGGUGAAGGAAAGGCGGACGAUGAUGAUGAUGACAUCCCAGAUCUGGUCGCGGGCGAGAAUUUCGAGGACAAGGUCGAAUAAAAAAUACACUCUCACAAGCAGAGGAGAUAUGACACAUGGGAGAACGGGAGGAGUCUUGAUUUGAGGGGUUCUGCAGCGACUCUACGGCUAUGUCACGGCUGCUAGCAUGAAAUGUGGCGAGAUUCUUCGGUAGUCACAGGGUUGCUUGCUUGUACAAAUUCAUAAAGCAACUUCGUUCUUCCCAGUUUGAUUCUGGAUCCUUCCGCGGUCUAGCUAUGAAUGUAGGUGGGUUCUCUGGAAGAAGCAGGAUGGUUUCACGUGACCAUCGUAUUUCUCCGCGAGCAGAGUAGUGCCUCAAAAAGGACCAUUUUUAGCGGGUUUGUAGUAAUCCCACCGCCAUGCAGUCGUCGCGCAGUUUUCACAAGAUAUUUGGAGCUUAUAGCAACAAGAUAGCAACAUUUUCUCAUUGGACUAGUCAUUAUAACCCUGAGUGGGGUGAUUAUCAGCUGGCAUAUUUACUAGUAUAUCAAUGCCACCAUCUUUCG